CAACCCCAAGUAGGGUUUUGGGCGCGGAGGAAGACGAGUGAAUUGGGGCUAGUAGUCUGCUCUUCGCUUCAGCCACCGCCAUCCCCGCCACCGUCGAGCGGCGCGGCCCUUCAAACGCCUCUGCCGACGCCGCAGCUUUCCUUCUCUCUAUCUCUCUCUGCGCCCGCCGUGCGUCCUUCCUGUCGCUGCCGCCCCCUCUCUCCUUGCCGCGGUCUUAGUGCGAACGAUACCAUCAGUUCUCUCUUCUUCCCUUCGUUCAGAGAGAUGGGAAAAGGAUCGAAAAGGCAGAGAAAAGCCGCGAGAAGCUCCGUUAAAAGCCACACCAAAGAUGACGCCUUUAGGGAGGACGACAUGGACGACGAGAUUGACGCCUUUCAUAAGCAGCGAGAUGUGAUUCCUCUCGACGUCAACGAUGAAGGUGAUUCAGAGGAUGAAGAUUUAGAGGAACCCGUGUUUGAUUUUGAGGGUGGUGUUGAUGAUGAUAGUGAUGAUGUCAAAAGCGAUGAUGAUGAUGAUGAGGAUGAUGACGAUGUUCGGCCUAAGGGCUUUGCUGCAAAAAUUGCAAGACAGGCAAAAUAUUUACAGCAGAAGUUUGGAGGUGGAGAAGAUGAAAUGGAUGAUCAGGAAGAGGAGGAAGAAGAAAAGAAGGCUGUAUGGGGUAGGAAAAAGAACUUGUAUUAUAAUGCCGAUAAUGUUGACUAUGAGCUUCAAUCGAGUGAUGAAGACUUUCCCAUGGAAGAGGAGGCUGAGGUUCUGAAGAUCCAGAGAGAGAAGGCAAAGUCUCUUUCAAUGGAAGACUUUGGCAUUGAAGAGGCUGACCAUGAUGAAAGUGAUUCUGAUAAAUGGGACAAAACCAUUCAGGAAGCUUUGGAUGGAAAGAAAAUCAUGGGUAAAGUUGAUGUGGAUGGUGCAUUUGAAGAUAAUCCCUUUGAGAACUAUGAGAAGAUUAAGAAAGAUCUUAGUGCGCUGUCAAAGGAGGAGCAAAUGGAUGUUGUGUACAGUUCUGCACCUGAACUAGUUGGCUUGCUUUCAGAAUUGAAUGAGGCAUUUGACCAACUUCAAAAAGUGAAACCAGUUCUAUUCAAGGUGCGAGAGAGAAAAGAUACAGCUGACGGGAUUAUGCACUAUUUGGAGGUGAAACAGAUUUUGCUGUUGACUUAUUGCCAAGCAAUUAGUUUUUAUCUUCUUCUCAAGUCAGAGGGGCAUCCUGUUCGAGAUCAUCCUGUAAUAGGUCGGCUGGUGGAGAUCAAGAACUUGGUGGAGAAGGUGAAGCAGAUUGACGCGAAUCUUCCAUCCCAAAUUGAGGACAUUGUCAAUCAUAAUUCUGCAAAUGGCUCCAGUAAUGGACUGGUCGGGGAAAGUGUUCCAUUAGAACCUGAACCACAAACAGCUGGCCAAUCUGCUAAACCAUAUGAAGCCGCAUUGGUGAAUGAAACAACUGAAUUAGCAAAGGUCGACUCAAAGGAUAAUCACAAUGGAAGUGCCGAUCAGAAACAGCAGGAUGCUCGAGUUGGAUUACAAAGCUUGGAAAUGCUUAAAGUAAGAGCAAAUCUUGAAGAAAAGUUGAAGCAGAAAGGCAUAUACAAUUUCACCAGAUCAAAAUCUGAAAAAAUGCAAAAUCAUACUCUGAAGCCGGUUAACCGAUCUCUAGGAGCAGCAAAUGAUUUUGAUGAUGAGGUGCAGCAGAAUGCAAUAGGCCAUCACAUGAAUAAUGGUCGUGCGAGUUUAUUGAAGACGGAUAAACUAUCUCAACUGGUUGCUACUAAAGUAAACAGGUCAAAGGUUACUUCUGGUGAUGAUGACCUGCCCAAGCGAGACGAUAUUGGAGAAAGGCGGAGAAAACAUGAGCUCCAUGUUCUUGCAAGGGCUGGAGCAAAUCCUAUGGAUGAUGAUGAUAUGGCAGUUGAAGAUGGUAGUCUUGACAGAAAUCCCAUGAAUAUUGAUGCCUCAGAAGAUGGUGAGGCCAUAGGCUCUGAGGAUGAAUUCUACAAGGAGGUAAAAAAACAAAGGGCUGAAAAACUCAAGGCCAAAGCAGAGCUAUAUUCAAGAACUCCAGCCAUUCUAUCAUCAGUGGAACCAGAAGCAGAUGGUAAAAGGCAGAUCACAUACCAGAUGGAGAAGAAUAGAGGACUCACUCGUCCUCGGAAGAAGCUUACAAAAAUUCCAAGAAAGAAAUACAAGAUUAAGCACCAAAAAGCAGUCAUCAGACGGAAAGGGCAAGUCCGCGAGGUUAGGAAGCCUACUGGUCCAUAUGGUGGUGAGUCAACUGGAAUCAACACCAGUGUCAGCAGAAGUAUUAGGUUCAAGAGUUGAGAACAUCAAAUUUGGAAUCAUGGGUGCAGCUCAAGAAGAUUAUGCCAUAUGUUUGGGCCAAGUUUUGAUGUACAUUGUGGAUUCCACUAAAAAAAAUGAUGGUAUCAUACUGGAUGUUCAAUUUUUGGUUCUCCUGUUGUGUAGGCAUUUAUACAAUGAAUGAGCUUCGUGUUCAAUUUUGGGUUC